UCAAUAGGGGCCGGGAGAUCACACGGGGCUGCCGCCGGCAGGACAAAAGUUCACGGGGAGCCCUCGCCCCCUCACCAUGGGCGAGAGACGCUUUGGCUUCCUACAGAAACUCGCCUUCCUGGGCCGGGGCCACCAGUACCAGGUGCUGCAGAGGGACGAGGAGGAAACUUUGAUCGACGGGCAGCACCAGCUGAAGGCCAUCGAGAAGGAGAAGACGGUCUCUGCUCUGCCACCCAAGGAAGCGUGCAAAUGCCACAAAGAGGACCUGGCGAAGGCCCUUUCUGUGGACCUGGACAGUGGCCUGUCCGAGUUCGCAGUGACACAGCGCAGGCUGGUUCACGGCUGGAACGAGUUUGUCGCUGGCAACACGGAACCUGUGUGGAAGAAGUACCUGGAUCAGUUCAAGAACCCCCUGAUCCUGCUGCUGCUGGGCUCAGCCGCGGUGAGUGUGCUCACCAAGCAGUACGAGGACGCGGUCAGCAUCACCACGGCCGUGCUCAUCGUGGUCACUGUCGCCUUCAUCCAGGAGUACCGCUCGGAGAAGUCUCUGGAGGAGCUGACCAAGCUGGUCCCCCCGGAGUGCACCUGCAUGAGAGACGGGGAGCUGCGACACCUGCUCGCGAGGGACCUGGUUCCCGGAGACAUCGUGUGCCUCUCUGCUGGAGACCGGAUCCCCGCAGACAUCCGACUCACACAGGCCACGGACCUCCUAGUGGAUGAAUCCAGUUUCACGGGAGAAGUGGAGCCAUGCAGCAAAACAGACAGCCCCAUGGCGGGCGGCGGGGAUCUCAGCGCCCUGAGCAACAUCGCCUUCAUGGGGACCCUGGUGCAGUGCGGGAAGGGCCAGGGGGUCGUGAUUGGAACCGGGGAGAGGUCUCAGUUCGGAGAGGUGUUCAAGAUGAUGCAGACGGAAGAGACACCUAAAACACCUUUACAAAAGAGCAUGGACAGGCUGGGGAAGCAGCUGACUCUCUGCUCCCUUGGCAUCAUUGGUCUCAUCACGCUCAUCGGCUGGCUGCAGGGCAAGCCGCUGCUCAGCAUGUUUACCAUCGGGGUCAGCCUGGCCGUAGCGGCCAUUCCCGAGGGUCUGCCCAUCGUCGUCACGGUGACGCUGGUCCUGGGCGUGCUGCGGAUGGCCAAGAAGCGGGUCAUCGUGAAGAAGUUGCCCAUCGUGGAGACGCUGGGCUGCUGCAGCGUCAUCUGCUCGGAUAAGACGGGGACUCUGACGGCCAACGAAAUGACGGUGACCCAGCUGGUGACGUCUGACGGGGUCCGCGCAGAGGUCAGCGGCGUCGGCUACAGCGGCCAUGGGGCCGUACAACUUCUCCCGGCCAAGGAGGUCAUCAAGGAGUUCGCCAGCGUCUCGGUGGGGAAGCUCGUGGAGGCUGGCUGUGUGGCCAACAACGCCGUCAUCAGCAGAGGCACGGUGCUGGGACAGCCCACGGAGGGGGCCCUGCUCGCGCUGGCCAUGAAGAUGGACUUGGGUGACAUCAGAGACACAUAUGUGAGGCAGAAGGAGAUCCCGUUCAGCUCCGCACAGAAGUGGAUGGCCGUGAGGUGCCGCUCAAAGAGCGAGGACCAGGAUGACAUUUACUUCAUGAAGGGGGCCUUUGAGGAAGUGAUCCGCUCUUGUACCACGUACAACAAUGGGGGCAUCGCCCUGCCUCUGACGCCCCAGCAGGAGGCAUUCUGCCUGCAGGAGCAGAAGAGGAUGGGGUCGCUCGGCCUGCGGGUGCUGGCACUGGCAUCGGGGCCCGAGCUGGGGAAGCUGACAUUCCUGGGACUUGUGGGCAUCAUUGACCCCCCGCGGGACGGCGUGAAGGAAGCGGUCCGGGUGCUCUCAGAGUCGGGGGUGUUGGUGAAAAUGAUAACGGGAGAUGCUCUGGAGACAGCCACAGCCAUAGGAGGGAGACGGAUAUCAGGAAGAGACAUUGGCCUGUGCCAUGGGAAGCUGCGAGCCAUGUCCGGAGAAGAAGUGGAGAGCACAGAGCCGGGCAAGCUGGCGGCCCUCAUCAGGGAGGUGUCUGUGUUCUUUCGGACCAGCCCGAAGCACAAGCUCAAGAUCAUCAAGGUGCUGCAGGAGUCGGGGGCGAUCGUGGCCAUGACAGGGGACGGUGUGAACGACGCAGUCGCCCUGAAGUCUGCAGACAUCGGGAUUGCCAUGGGGCAGGCGGGGUCGGAUGUCAGCAAGGAGGCCGCCAGCAUGAUCCUGGUGGACGACGACUUCUCAGCCAUCAUGAGCGCCGUGGAGGAGGGUAAAGGCAUCUUCUACAACAUCACCAACUUCGUGCGGUUCCAGCUGAGCACGAGCAUCUCAGCCCUGAGCCUCAUCACUCUGUCCACCGUGUGCAACCUGCCCAGCCCCCUCAACGCCAUGCAGAUCCUGUGGGUGAAUAUCAUCAUGGACGGGCCGCCGGCGCAGAGCUUGGGCGUGGAGCCCGUGGACAGGGACACCCUGGGGAAGCCGCCACGGAGCACGGAGGACACGAUCCUGAGCAGGGCCCUCCUCCUCAGGAUCCUCGUGUCUGCCGCCACCAUCAUCAGCGGGACCCUCUUCGUCUUCUGGAGGGAGGUCCCCGAGGACAGAGCCAGCACGCCCCGCACCACCACCAUGACCUUCACCUGCUUUGUGUUCUUUGACCUCUUCAACGCCCUGAGCUGCCGCUCUCAGACCAAGCUGAUCCUCGAAAUCGGGUUCCUCAGGAAUCGCAUGUUUCUCUACUCUGUCCUCGGGUCGCUGCUGGGCCAGCUGGCCGUGAUCUACGUCCCACCCCUGCAGAAGGUCUUCCAGACGGAGAACCUGGGGGCCCUCGAUCUGCUGCUCCUCACCGGACUGGCCUCGUCCGUCUUCAUCUUCUCGGAGCUCCUGACGCUCUGGGAGAAGUACCGCUCCCGUGCCAGGGACGCCCGCAAGCCCCCUGAGCACCCCUGAGUGGCCGUGCUGCCCCGGGUCACAGAGUGGGCUCGGUGGGCGAUCCCCAGGGUCCGGCUGCUCCUGCUGGGCUCUGGGGGUGCUGCAAGCAACGCCGUGCUAUUUAUUAAGCCACAAUGGUUUUUAUUACGCUCACCGGCUGGGUCUUUGGGCUGCGGGGCCCCACUGCCGCCCACACCGAGGCCCCACUGCCGCCUCCUGUGUGAGGGUGGGGGCUCCCUGAAGUGUGGUGAUGGAGCCGGUGAUGAUUUUAGGUUUGGUCCCCGGCCCCAAAAGUCAAAACCAAAACCCUAAAGCAUGAUUUCCAUAAAAUAUGACACACACACAACAGUGUAAACACAGCCAAGUGAGUUCACACAGAACAGUGACUACAGAUCAAGGCACAGAUGGCUCAGUACCUGCAAAACCAUUAACCUCAUAUUCCUUAUUAAUAACUACAGAAGGAAAAAUAACUACAGAAGGAAAGCAGAUCUGCUAAAACAAAACCCAGCUUUCUUCAAUAUUCAGCAUCUCCUGGCAAAAAUUAUUCAUGACACAAAUGCAAAUGGAUACAUCACAAGCAAAAAAGCGAAGGCCAGCACAGUGCUGAAUGACCCAACUCUAGAUCAGUGGUGGCGAACCUGUGGCACGCGUGCUGCGGUGGGCUGCUUGAAUCACUGAAAGCUCUAAAAGGUUCGCCAUCGCUUGCCUAGAUACACGGCAGCAAGAAGUGGGAAAGGAAGGGUGCCUCCCUGUAUUUGAUGUGCAAGGAUUUAGCUGAAGCAGUCAGUCGAG